AUGAAGUUUUCAGACACUCUUUUACGCCUCGUUGGUGCUGCCGCUCUUUCAGUCUCCCUGGCCUCAGCCCAAACCAUCGCCCAGAUCAAUGGCAUCCGAUUCAUCUCUCCCUACCGAAAUCAAAAUGUAUCUAAUGUGACGGGUCUAAUCACGGCUGUUGGCCCAGAUGGGCUUUGGAUACGCUCUACCACGCCCGAUAAUGAUGUUCGAACUUCGGAAUCUAUCUAUGUUUUUGGCAGCAUUACUAGCAAUGUGACUUUCACUACCGGAGACAUCGUCACCCUCGACGGGACCGUUUCGGAAUACCGUUCAUCAUCUGCCUACCUCUACCUGACGGAGAUUUCUCGCGCCAGAAACGUCCGGGUCGUAUCUCGAGGAAACAAAGUCGAACCUGUCGUGCUUGGACAGUCAGACACGAGCCCGCCCACGGAACAAUUCACAUCGCUCGACAACGGCGACGUUUUCAGUCUGCCGAAUAACGCCAGCCUCAUCUCCGUGGCCAAUCCCGUGCUGGAACCGUGGAAAUAUGGGCUGGAUUUUUGGGAAAGUCUGAUGGGCGAUCUGGUCACGGUCCAGGGUCCCCACGCCAUCGCCAAACCCAACUCUUUCGGCGAUACCUGGGUGGUCGGAAACUGGAGAAAGACGGGCGAGAAUGGCAGAGGGGGCUUGACGAUGACGGCGGGAGAUGCCAACCCAGAAGCCAUCCUCAUUGGCGAUCCUCUCGAUGGGACCAGCAACCCGGACGACACCAAGCUCGGCGACGAGCUCGAAGAUAUCACCGGCGUCAUGUACCAGGCGUUUGGCUUCUAUCGCAUUCUGCCCCUGACGGCCAUCACGGUCAAGAGUUCCCCGACCCCGGCCCUGCCCACUCCCGUCGAUUGGGACUCGAAAGGCAACUGCAAGAAACUGACGGUGGGAUCGUACAAUGUGGAAAACCUAGCCCCAACAUCCAGCUGGCUCCCGGAUAUCGCCGACCAUAUCGCCAACUACCUCAACUCGCCGGAUUUGAUGUUUCUCCAAGAGGUCCAGGACAACACGGGCCCUACCGACGACGGUGUCGUCUCCGCCAACACCACGCUCGAAACGUUGAUCACCGAAAUCGAAGACGCCGGCGGCGUCACUUACAGCUACGUCGACAUCGACCCCGUCAACGACCAGGACGGCGGCCAGCCCGGCGGCAACAUCCGCGUCGCCUACCUGUACAACCCCCUCGUUCUGAACCUGAAGAACCUGAACCCAGGCUCAUCCACCGACGCCAACGAAGUCCUCCCCGGCCCCACCCUCAAAUAUAACCCCGGGCGCAUCGACCCAGCGAAUGCCGCAUGGGACGAAUCCCGCAAACCACUCGCUGCGGAAUGGGAGACCGUCAAAGACAAAUCGACCAUUUUCACCGUGAACGUCCACUUCACAUCCAAAGGCGGCAGUUCCUCGAUCGAAGGCGAUGCCCGGCCCCCCGUCAACGGCGGCGUUGAUCAGCGCCUCGCCCAAGCGGACCUGACCGCCAACUUCAUCGCGGAUAUUCUAGCCGAAGACCCAAAUGCCUCCGUGAUUGCGGCCGGUGACUUUAACGAAUUCGCAUUCGUCGCGCCCCUGGAGAGUUUCGUCGACAUAUCGGGAAUGGUGGAUCUCGAUGGCGCCGCGAGGGUUAAAGCGACGGAACGAUAUACGUACCUUUUUGAUAUGAAUAGUCAGGAGCUCGACCAUAUGUUUGUGAGCCCCAAGAUUGCAGGGUCGCCAGGGGGCAGACCGGAUUUUAACCAUGUCCAUGUGAAUACGUGGGUGAGCUACGAUGAUCAGAUCUCGGAUCAUGAUCCCAGCGUGGCGAGGUUGAAUGUUUGUUAA